AUUGUCAGAAUGGAAGAUAAUGAUGAGAAUAGAUCUGUUACUUAUUUGGAUGAUUUAUUGAGAAAAAUUAAUCCAAAUGCUAUACUUGAUAAAGAUGUGCAUGAAGCGUUGAUGGAGUUUACAAAUGAUUAUGUAAAUAAAAUUCUGGAUAAAGCUUGCAGUUUAGCGAAGCAUAGAGGAUCUAAUAAGCUUACGAAGGAUGAUGUUAAUUAUGUGCUUGCUCAUCAUUUUAAUAAAUAA